UUUUUUUUUUGGCUUCGGAUACCAAAACUACAGGGCCGAGGGAUGGGAUUUAUAAAACAGUCCGUCUCCGUUCGUAAUAUUUUGCUCAUGAGACGAGUUGGGGACCAUUUCGUACCAUAUUCUUUCCCCAUCAUAACCGGCUUGAUCCGUCGUGUAAAUUUGAUUCCCUGUUGUCAUUCAGUCCCUUGACCUCCAAGUAUCCAGCCGUCCCACACCCAGACCAUCAAUUGACGGGAAAGAAAAUCAGCGUAGUUUCUGUUAAACCCGCAGCAGGUUCACACCGUCGUCAAACAGUCGCAAAUCCUCAACACACAAACACACUCACAUUCCGGCCAUGGCUCCCGCAAAACCCAAGCAGCCGGCAUACGUGCUCGGCGUGGGCAUGACGCAGUUCAUCAAGCCUCGCGGCAAGGUCGACUACACGGAGCUGGGCUUCGAGGCCGGCGUCAAGGCCAUGCUGGACGCGCGCAUCAACUACGACGAGGUCGACCAAGGCGUCGCUUGCUACUGCUACGGCGACUCCACCUGUGGCCAGCGCGUCUUUUACCAGUUCGGCAUGACCCAGAUCCCCAUCGUCAACGUCAACAACAACUGCUCCACCGGCUCGACCGGCCUGGCCAUGGCCCGCCAGCUGGUCGGCCACGGCGCCGCCGAUUGUGUUCUAGUCAUCGGCUUCGAGAAGAUGAUGCCCGGCAGCCUGCAGACCUUCUUCCAGGACCGCGAGAACCCGACCGGCACCUCUGGCCUCAUGAUGGCCUCCACCCGCGGCUACGAGCCCAAGGUCCCCGGUGCCGCGCAGAUGUUUGGCAAUGCCGGUAGGGAGUAUAUGGAGAAGUACGGCGCCACGCUCGAGGACUUUGCCGAGAUCGGCCGCGUCAAUCACGAACAUUCGGCCCGCAACCCCUACAGCCAGUUCAAGGACCAGUACACCCUAGAGCAGGUCAUGAAGUCGCCCAUGAUCCACACCCCCCUGACCAAGCUGCAGUGCUGCCCGACCUCGGACGGCGGCGCCGCGGCCGUCGUCGUCUCACAGGCCUUCCUCGACGCCCGCCCGGAACUCAAGGCUAACGCCAUCAAGAUCGCCGGCCAGUGCAUGGCCACCGACGGACCGGAGCUCUUCUCCAAGUCCGCCAUCGACUUGGUCGGUUACGGAAUGGGCGCUCACGCCGGGCGCGUGGCGUGUGCCGAGGCGGGCGUCUCACCGCGUGACUGCCAGGUCUGUGAGCUGCACGACUGCUUCUCGGCCAACGAGAUGGUGACGCUCGACGCGCUGGGUCUGGCCGACAAGGGCAAGGCGCACGAGCUGGUACGCUCCGGCGGCAUCACGUACCCCGGCGGGCCGGGCCGCACCGUUGUCAACCCGUCGGGAGGGCUUAUUUCCAAGGGUCACCCGCUCGGCGCCACGGGGCUGGCGCAGUGCGCCGAGCUCGUCUGGCACCUCCGCGGCUGGGCGUCUAACCGCGCCGUCCCGGGUACCAAGAACGCGUUGCAGCACAAUCUCGGCCUGGGCGGCGCCGUCGUCGUCACGGUCUACCAGAGGGCGGAUGGCAAGGAGGCGCCCAAGCUUUCCGAGGAGGAGAUCAUCAAGGCCGCCGGCGUCGGCUACAACCCGGCAGUGCAGGCCAAGGGCUUCACGGCGGCGCAGGCAAAGGCCGUGAGGAGCAAGGAGAAGAGCAGCGAGUGGGCGUUGCAGGACACAUUGGACAAGGUCCAGGCCAGGUUUUAAAAGAAAGUGGGAAAGGUGGGGUAUGUGGUGUGUUGACGAGGCAAUGAGAUUGUAUAACGAUUUUGGUUACCUUUGAAUGCUAAAGCUUUUGGACUAAUCUAUGUUAUCCAUGCAUGUGAAAGCAGUGUGUCUAUCUCCU